CUCUGGCCCCUCCGCACCGCUGCGGGUGGCGUGACUGGGGCCCCCCCCCAACGUCCCCGUCCCCCUUCCCGGUGGCAGCGGCGGAGAAGGAGAAGGAGGAUGUCGAUGCCGGUGCCGCCGCUGCGGCGGCUCCACCAGGUCCCGCGGCACCUCCUGGUCUGUGAGAAGGGCCACCUGCGGCACCCGCGCUCGCGGCACGCGGCGCACGUGCGGGACCACGCCUACAGCUGCCGCGUGUCUCUUUUGAUCCCUGAAUGUGGCAUACUGCCUGAAGUGCUGAAAAGUACCAUUGCGGAUGUUGGAGAGUACUACGUGGUGAGGAAUUUAUCGGUUCAUGAAUUGGUCGCUCAUGAAUUCAUCGAUGCUUUUGUAAAGAAAGGUUCAUGCUACGCACUUACCUAUAACACAAAAAUUGAUCAAGAUAAUACUGCAGCUCUGCUACCAAAUGGGAAACUAAUUCUGUCAGUGGAUAAGGAUACUUAUGAGGAACUUGGACUGCAAGGUCACCCAUCUCGGUAUUCUGGCAAAAAAGUAAUGAGAUAUAUUAUAACUAUUGACUUGGCUGAUUCUGGCUUUCACCCUGAUAGCAAGAAACAUAAAAGAGUGCUUUGGGCCUUGAAAGAAAAGAAACCUUUAAAAUUUGACUUCCUACUGGCUUGGUAUAAUACAGGUGCAGAGGGAUCAACACUGAUGUCAUACUUUUCAAAGAACCAAAUAAAGGCUCUGAAGCCAAAGAUAACAAUCAGCACAUUAAGGGACUUGCAGUGUCCAGUGUUACAAAGUAAUGAACUACAUGGAAAGCCAGAGGAGUCCUGCAGUACAGAGGAACUGUUUGAAUGGCUCGGUGCUGUCUGGAAUCAAGUUAGCUUAGACAACAAAUCAUCUAGCUUCUUAUCAACCUAUUGCUGUCCUCAGCCCAACACAGUGGUGGAAAAAGCUUUUUUGUGCACAAUCACAGGUUUUAUAAUUCCUGAGAAGAUAAUUCAGUUAUUGGAGCAGCUAUGUUGCUAUUUUGGUGAACCAAAACUGGCAUAUUGGCUGACCUUAACUGUGCAUGGCUUUGCAGACAGCCCUGUUUCCUGGAGAGAAAGUGAACACGGUUUCCACAAGGGAGGAGAGAACUUGUACAACUUUGUAAUUUUCAGAAAUCUGGACUAUUGGCUUCAGAUGGCUGUAGGAACUAAUGAUGAUUGUCCUCCAUAAAGCUAUGUCUACAGAAGAAAUUUUCUAAUAAUCCCAUGUUACUGUAUAGAAAUGUAAUAAGAUGAUUUUUAUAAAACUAACUAGGUAACAGGUUCUAAGAGGCUGUAUAUGUUUUUUCCAUUAUUUAUAGCUCUUAAAGGAUGACCUACAAUGGAAGGAAUGGAUUUUUGUUUCUUCACUGUCAUACAGUGCAUUCUGAAAGACUUCACAAUUCUAGCUUUAAGAAAAAGAUAUAUUUUGGAGAGUUUAAGUUCUCAGGAAUUGACUGUAAGUGGUUUCCCUUUAUCCAGAAGUUAUUUUGGAAUUUGAAAGUUAGCUUUACAGAUUGCUAGCUAAAAUAUUUGGGGGGAAAUCCCAUUUUGGGAUUCAGUGUUUUCUUUCUUUGUAUUAAAGAUCUAUAAAACCUUCAAA